AUGUUGUCCACAGCACCUCGUGCCCGGCCUCAUUGCCGUACCUGCGGCGAGCCAAUGCUGGGACACAAGAGAGGUCUCUGCCAUCCUCCGACACGCGAAAGCUCCUCCCUCUCAGAGGACAGCGACGAGACCAACAGCACCAGCCGCCACACGCGAAGCACCCGUUCGCGUUUCUCGUCCUUCGGUACCACCCCGCUCCCAUCACCCAGCCCGACCCCCUCUGGAGAUGGAGGGGAGUGCGAGCAUGAGGAGCCGCCCCAGACCCCGCGAAAGCCGCAACCCCUCAUGCGCUCGCCCCCGCGCUACCCCUUCGACCCGCUCGUUCCCGAUAAGUGGGUCGUCCCGGCGCGAGGAAACGUUCGGCGCGUCAAUCCCUACCUCAAAGAUAACUUCCUGCUCGUCAACAAGGGCAAGGGCAGGGGCGUGUCCGAGGACGGUGGGGAAGAGGAAGAGUACCAAGAGGACUCGGACAAGGAAAACGCCAACUCUACCGGGACGCUGAGCCGCCACGCGUCGUGGACCCCGACGGAGAUUGUGGAUACUGCGACCCAGUGGUUAAACCGCCUCACACCUCCCAAGAGCCCGAGCCCUGCACCGACCAUCCGCGCGAACGCGUACCGCCAGGAGCAACGCAACGCGACUGCAGGACCCAGCGGCACGCGCAACCGGCACGCCAACCACAACGCAAAUCCACCUACUACAGACGUAGCUCAAGACACCCCAACCACGACCUCCCGAGUGAGCACCGCGCUCUCCCGCCUGCCCGUGCACAUCGAGGGCAUCAUCCGCGCUGCCGGACGGUACCAAACACGCGUCAUUGCAUUCCUCCCGCCCUUCGCCACCCCCUCCACUUCCGCUCCCACCCACGUCACCGCCAGGCUCGUCACCUCCCUCGAAGAAUUCAACUGCACCAUUGCGCAGGCCGAGGACAUCGCGUUCGGGAUGGUCCUCAUCGCCGAUGGUCGUACUUCCUGGGGCACCGCGCGUAUGUUCAGGUGGCUCUGGGAUUGGAUGACCAAGGGCCUCGCUUUCGUGUUCGUUUUUGCGUUGCUGGUCUGGUAUAACUUUUAUAUGUAG